UUAUUGCAUUGCUAUUGAAUCACAUUCAAUAGCUCCUCUCCCUCUUUUUUUUUCCCUUUUUUACAUCUCUUUUAGCUUUUGCUCUAGUUUUUGAACAAACCCAUUUGAUAAUUCUACUCAUCCAAUGCUUUUCUUCUUGAUUUUUGGGUUUUCUUUUAUUUUCUUCUUUAAAUCCUUUUCUUUCAAGCCACCCCCACCAAUGAAGAGUGAGCGGAGAUUGCUGUUAUUGUCACCUUUGUUUUGGGAAAAAGUUUUAAAUUUUCUUGUAUCUUUAUUUCAUAAAGAUAGGCUUGCAAUUAGUGUCUGCAAAUUGCCCAUGAAAAUGCCACUGAAGAAAAUGAAUCUUGGUUUCGAAGAGCAAGAAAAUAUUGAGGCAGAGAAAAUUUCUCUUCUUGAUUUGCCUGAAUUAACCUUGGAAAGUAUUCUCGAGAGACUUUCACCAGCUGAGUUGUGUAGUAUGGCAGGAGUUUGCAGCUCUUUAAGGGACAAAUGCACAAGUGAUCAUUUGUGGACGAAACAUUUGAGGCAAAAAUGGGGUAGAGUAAUUGGUGAUGCUGCCUUUAGGGAAUGGCAAUGUCAUAUAGCUUCAACACAGAGGCUAAAUCUUGUGGAUCAAAGUAAUCAAAAGGGCUUAUUGGGAUCUCUUGGUGCUGUUUGGCCAAAAACUUGGAUUAAACCAAAAUUUGAAACUAAAAGCAACCCAAGAACGUCCUUACCAGUUGAUUCAAUCAUGGCUAUGUAUCUCUCUCUUGAAAGAGGCAAAUUUUGGUUCCCAGCUCAGGUCUAUAACCGUGAGAAUGGACAUGUUGGGUUUUUGCUGUCUUGUUAUGAUGCUAAAAUAAGUUAUGAUUCCCGGACAAACACAUUUCAGGCAAGGUACUCUCCCUACGGACGACGAAUGAUAGAAGAGAGCAUUCAUUGGGAUAGGCUAAGAGCAUCACCCGUUGAUACUCCUGCUCAUGAUCUUCACAUUUCUGACUGUUUAGAUGACUUAAAACCUGGUGAUCAUAUUGAGAUUCAAUGGAGAAGAAGCAAAGAAUUUCCUUAUGGUUGGUGGUAUGCUAUUGUUGGCCAUAUAGAUCCAUGUGAUGGGAAUGCGAACCUCUGCAAUUGUCAAUGUGAUGACAUGGUGGUAUUGGAGUUUAACCAAUACCCUCUUGGCUCGAGAUGGAGACAAACCAUUGUAAACAGGAAGAAGCACCGUGAAGAAGGAAAUGAAGUUGAUGGCUUUUAUGGAGGAAUUAGAAAACUUUACAAGGAGGAAGAGAUCUCAACUUGGAGGAGGCUUUGGCCUAGCCAAGUAUUUGAAUAGUGUGACGAAAAACUUUCUAUCCAUCUAUUUCUCCUGUAAAUAUUUUACUGUCUUGGCUUGUAUUGCAGAGUGUUUUAGAGUCACAAAAAUGCUGCUAGACAGAUUUGACAUUAGGAUUCAGGAUUUUGUAGUUAAGGAAUAUCAUAGCUUGGCAGUACUAAAAAGAAAUGCUUUUUGGAAAGGUGGCAGUAGGCUUCAUAAUUUUGUUAACCUUGUAAAGGCUUUUAAAGAGCUCAAAUGAUUUAUCUGAUCUGAAUUGUAAUUCCAAAAGAAAAGUUAAAAGUUUCAGAUCCAUGUACAGUUGAUUUUA